GACUCGCAGAGAAAAGAGUGGAAAUACAAAACGAGUUUGUGUGGUACGUGUUGUGAGGUGCAGUGUUGACUGUGUGUAUGGUGUGAAAAAAAAAAUAGUGCGUCUGCCUGGCCGGCAUGGGAUAAUCAGCCGGCUCUGGACUUGUUAUGGACUGGUUUAACCAAGGAAGGUGCUGAUAUUUGGUAAAGAUGAGUAGUGGGGGCGGGAACACCCCAGAGCCCCCCAGAGGGGGAGAGUCUCUGAAGAGGAAGGACUGUCAGGCAGACCUCCUGGGACCCAGUCCGAAGAGGAGCACUGAGAGGAGGAACAGGGAGCAGGAAAACAAGUAUAUCGAGGAGCUGGCAGAGUUGAUCUUCGCAAACAUCAACGACAUGGACGACCUCAACGUCAAGCCGGACAAAUGUGCUAUCCUCAAAGAGACGGUGAAGCAGAUCAGGCAGAUCAAGGAGCAGGAAAAAGCUCCAGUGGCCGAUGCUGAGGAGGUGCAGAAGGCGGAUGUCUCCUCCACAGGACAGGGUGUCAUUGAUAAAGACGCUCUUGGCCCCAUGAUGCUGGAGGCCCUGGACGGCUUCUUUUUUGUGGUCAACAUGGAGGGCAAUAUAGUGUUCGUCUCGGAGAAUGUCAGCCAGUAUUUGCGCUACCAGCAGGAGGAGCUGAUGAACACCAGUGUCUACAGCGUGCUGCACGUCGGAGAUCAUGCCGAGUUUGUCAAGAACCUCCUGCCAAAGAGCCUGGUAAAUCAUCGCAGCAGUGAUUCGUCCAACAGGAACAGCCAUACAUUCAACUGCCGUAUGUUGGUCAACCCUUAUGCUGAUGGUGAAGCCCGGCCGGCUUCUGACCAGCAGGACACGUCACCGCAGAAGUAUGAGACCAUGCAGUGUUUCGCUGUCUCAGAACCUAAGUCUAUCAAGGAAGAGGGGGAAGAUUUCCAGUCAUGUCUAAUCUGUGUGGCAAGAAGAGUCCCCGUCAAAGAGCGACCUGUGAUGCCCACGUACGAAAGCUUCACCACGCGACAGGACCUUCAAGGUAAGAUCACGUCCCUAGACACCAGUCUGCUCCGUGCAUCCAUGAGGCCAGGCUGGGAGGACCUGGUUCGGCGUUGCAUUCAGAGAUUUCACCUGCAGAAUGAGGGGGAGAUGUCCUUCGCUAAAAAACACCAGCAAGACGUGUUGAGGAAUGGCCAUGCUCUCAGCCCUCUGUACAGGUUCUCCUUAGCAGACGGCACCGCCGUCUCAGCUCACACCAAGAGCAAGCUGGUCCGAUCUCAAGCCACCAAUGAACCACAGCUCUACAUGUCCUUGCACAUCCUGCAGAGGGACAACAUGGGUGGCAUGACAGCAGACAUACCUGGUGGACAGGGCAUGGCCAAGCCAAUGACCCCAACCAGUGCGAGUGGUCCCUCCCCUUCCCCUGACGCCAGUGUCACCAGCAACACCCACCUAUCCACCACACCUUCCAGUGCCCCUGGACGUGGUUUUGGGGCUGUAUCGGGUAGGGCACCUACGCCUCAGGGAUCACAAAAGAGCCAAGCACUCAAGUUGGGCAGCCCUUCAGCCCAGGGAAGCCCAAGUGUCACCUCAGGAGCCCAGGGUGCCAUGCUGUCUCCUCGCCAUCGCCAUAGCCCCAGUAUGGCGGCUAGUAGCAGCUGUAGUAGCCCUCACCUCUCUCAACAUCCCCCUGGUUCUUUCUCUCCUGUGGCUGGACUCCACUCACCAGCAUCUGUAUGCAGCAGCACAGGAAACAGCCAAGGGUUCAAUUCCCUCACUGCACUGCAGGCCCUCAGCCAGGGCCACAGGGUUUCCCAGGGACUCACCGAGGGGCAGCAUCCAGAGUCACCUGACAAAAAGCAAAUUGGUCUUCAGAGUCCUCUUCACAGCAGCAAUGCCGGCAGCCAGCAAGCCAAGAACAAUUCCAGCUUAGAGGCUGACUUAUUGGGAACUUUUGGGGAGCAGCAAGACUUGUUGUCAUCCCCAAACCAGGAGGGCGAGCAGGAGAAAGAUGGCGACCCUGACCCUGAUGGAAGCCUAGGGGAGCUUGGAGACGCCUCAAAUCGCCUGCUGAACGCAAAAGGGCACACUAAGCUGCUCCAGCUCCUCACCACCAAAUUAGAGCCCUCUGAUCCUUGCUCAUCAACCCCCCUGGGGGAUGACCAGAGCUGUAAGGACCAGCUGGGUGGACUUGGAGGUGUGAGUGGGGCUGGGCAUAACAACCACUCCAGCUCGUUAAAGGAGAAACACAAAAUCCUCCACAGGUUGCUGCAGAACAGCACGUCUCCAGUGGAAUUAGCCAAGCUAACGGCUGAAGCUACUGGAAAAGACCCCAUUGGUCCAGCUGAGUCAGCCUCAGGAGACAAUAUGGCCGCCCUAGGUGAACUCUGCCCAAAACAGGAGCCGGGGAGCCCCAAAAAGAAAGACAAUGCAUUGCUUCGCUAUCUGUUGGAUAGGGAUGAUAAUGGCAUCCUGGAUAAAGCCAUCAAGAUGGAACCCAGUGAGGGACCUAAGCUGUCCAACAUUAAGACAGAGAAACAGGAGGCGGGCUUCAACAUGGCGGACCAGACGUUGGAGCUGGAGGACCUGCUGGAGGACCUGCAGAGUGGGGGCCAACAGCAACUGUUUGCAGGCCAGCCACCAGUCAGAAGACCAGCCUCUGCUUCGUCCUCCUCUUCCUCUGUGCCACCUGGCUCGUCUGUGGACAAACAGAGCAUCAUCAGCGACAUCCUGCAGAUGACAGAAAGCAGCGGCAGCAGCAGCCCCCCCAGCCAGCACAGAGCCUUCCCUCCCAUUAGUGCUGCAACAGGCUUUAAUGGUGCAAGGCCGGGUCAGCCGUGUCGAGGUGCUCCUCCCAUCAGGAGCACAUCUCUGGACAGCAGUAUGGGCCCCCACCCCAAUGCCACCAGGCCAUUUCCUCCUCAGCACAGGAACAACAGCCCCUACUCCUUACUGCAGCAGCAACAACAACAAAGCAUGAUGGGAACCCAUGCAGGCAUGGCCAGCCAGCCUGCGAUGGCCAAUCCAGGCAUGCUUAGUAACGGGUCAAUGCGGGGCUCCAUGCAGCAGGGUUGGGGUCCACAGGGGCCAAUAGGGGGUACUGCAGGGCCGAUGAUGGGCCAAGGGGUUGGACCAAGUCGCAUGGUCCCCAACAUGAACGCUGCACUUCCCCCGAGAGGCCCGCCUGGUUCCAGAGCCAUGGUCAACAUGCAGAUGAUGGGCAACGAGAUGGAGAUGGCAAACCCCACCUACCCUCAGCAACAAGCUCCGCCCAACCAGACUGCACCAUGGCCAAACCGAAUGAUCGCUAUGGAUCACUAUGGAAACCAAAACAGGCCACCAUAUGGCGUCCCCCAGGAGGACGGGAUGCGGUGUUGCGGCACAGGGCCUGACGGCCAGCCGGAUGAAGGAGCACUCCUGAACCAGCUGUGUUCUGUGUUGAAGGACUACGAGGGUCUGGAGGAGAUCGACAAGAUGCUGGGAAUCCCGACGCUGGCUGGACAGGGUGCUAUAUCAGACCAGGACCAGUACCUCGGGUCCUCAGACCCAGCGGCCAACAUGAAGCCUCUCCUGUACAGUCAACACUACGGUGGCCAGCCAGGUUACGGUGGCAUGCCUCCUGACGGUGGGUUUCAUGGCCCCUCUAUGAGCGGUCCCAUGGGGCCACAGAGGAUGCCACCUGCUGGUUAUCCCCCAAUGAUGAGGAUGCCUGGGAGCACAGGGCCCAGACCAAUUGGGAUGAGGCCAGGAGGGCCGAAUCCAGGAGUACCGCCUCAGCCCAACAACCUGAGGCUCCAGCUGCAGCACAGACUCCAGGCCCAGCUGAAUCGUCAGCCAAUGGUGAACCAGAUGAGUGGAGUAUCCAAUAUGAAUCUACCUCUAAGAUCUAAUGUACCAAACCAGGGAACCCUCAACGCCCAGAUGCUGGCCCAGCGUCAGCGCGAGUACCUCAGCAACCACCUUCGCCAACGCCAACAGCAGCAGCAGCAACAACAACACGUGCACCAGCAACGUGCCAUGAUGAUGCGGACUCAGGGCAUCAACAUGCCACCUAACAUGCCCAGCGGGGGCGCCGCUCCCACACCGAUGCCCAUAGGUGGCACCAACCCACGGCUACCGCAGGGCAACCCGCAGCAGUUCCCCUACCAGGCCUCCAGCUACGGUACCGGCCUGCCCUCUCCUCCACCUCCUCCUCCUCACCCUGGCUCCUCCAGCCCCUUCUCCUCCCCUCUCUCCCCCAGCCAUCAUCUGGCUAGCCAGGGCAUGAUGGGAAAUGUAGGCGGGCAGUACAGCGGGGUAAUGAGUCCUCCAUCACAGCACAGUGCCUACCAGUUCAGCAGUUCAGGAAUGAGCCAGCAGCAGCAACACCAGGAUCCAGUAUCAGGGUUUCCAUGUGGGGCUGCGACCCCGCAGAGCCCCCUGCUGUCCCCCAGGAUGGGACAGGGUCAGAGUCCCAUGCUGCAGCAGAACCAGGGCCAACCGCAACCCCAACCCCAGGGUCCAAACCAGAGAGGAGCGCAGGGCUACCAGCCAAACACUGACCUCAAUGGGUGGCCCCAACCUGCCAACAUCUCAACCAGCAGCAGUGUGUACCCCCAACAGUCCCAGUCUCAGUACUCCACACAGCCAAACGGAGGAAUGUACAACAACAGUAACAGCAUGAACCUGGGAGACAUGGCCAGCAGUGGAGGCAACAUGAACCUGAUGUCAGGGCCAAUGAGCUCCAUGAAUUCAGAGCAGGUGAGGGACGACAGCCUGAUCCUGGAGCAGCUGGCGGGAAUUGACAUGUUGACGCAAGAUGGUGAAGGGACUUCAAAUUUCUGCUGACCCAGGCUGUGGUGGAGACAAGGUAAUAGAAACAAAUACAAAAACACUGACGCCUACUCAGCUCAGCUUAUGGAGAAACAUUUAGGAGUUGAGGACGCGUGAUGGAAACACUGCUCCCUCUGUCACACCAGCCAACUAUGAGGCACUAUCGGAAGAGGACAACCAUAUAUAUAUGAGAGAGUACAUUUUUGUGUGAGUGUUUGCGUGUGAAACUGAUACAGCGGUUUGACACUGGAGAAGUGAAUGGCUGACAAGCAUAAAUGAAACCUCUGGAAUUUAUCUUUUAUGGUUCUGUUUUAGAGCCUGGCUGAAAACGGCAAAUGAGAAGGUUUAUGAAGAUAUUUUACAGGUAUUUAUAGUUUUGAAAAAGUUUUAGAGAUUCUUUGUAUGACACAAAAAAAUCAAGGAUAUCUUUCUUUAAAGAAAAUCUCUCAAAAUGGUACAUUUUGAUGUCGAUUUUAAAAUUAAUAUAUUUCAACUGCUGUAGUUACAGGGGAGCUAUAUCCCUAUUUAAUGACUUUUUAAAUGAAGGUGAAUGUGUAUAGAUAGUGUACAUACUUAGAUUUUAAAUACCCUCUUUUCUCUAUGUGUUAUUGCAAAACAGCAGUUUGGAGUUUUAGUCCAACAAAUGUCUCUCAGAGAGCAGAAAUAUUUCAUUGGUUAAAUGAAAUCUUAGUGGGUGGGGCUAAAGAACAGCAACACAAUGAGAGUGUGAGUCAAUUUAUUUGGUUUACUCCAAUAGAGUGCCCCAGGGAUGAUGUUUUUCUGUAGUCCAGCUUGGAAGCUAACGUUACCCUGUUUCCUUAAUCAAAAAGCCAAUGGGAUUUUUCUAUUGGAUUUCAAAAAAUGAACUAUAUGGCAAUAAACAAACUACACUUUGGUCACAUAGCCACCACUACAAGGCUGUAAUGCCAUAUUCGGCGUGGCGUGUGACUCAUAAAAGCAUCAAAAUUCACGAAUGGGGUAUGUACUGGUAUAUUUUAUGUCGCAGAACAAAAUGUGAAAUUCUUUUAAACUAGUGUUAACCAUAGACCUCAUUUUAGGCAUCUAACCAAAGGCCCAUUCAAAAAGACCAUUGACUUUGAAACCAGGUAACUGGAGGUACUCAAAUGCUAACUCAUUUCCGGGUUUUAAGACUCAUUCCUGGGGAUCUCUAUGGAAAAGAUUGUACCCUGGUUAAAAUGUUAACAAAAUAUUUCAAUAUCAUGUGCUUGUUUUUUCAUUGUGACCAUUGUAAAAACUGGUCAUCAUGCUAGCUAACUAGCUUUCUUAGCUAGAAAUCAAAUAGCUAUUGCUUCUUUGCUUAAGCUAAUUUGAAUUUGAAAGUUAACUUGAACGAACUAGUGAACGUAGUUAAUCUAGUACUAUCAGCAGCUUGAAGUCUUCUGGUUAAACAAUAAUACUAGUUUUUUUUUUAAUACUUAGUUUUUUAGUGUUUAGCUCUUUCCUUUUAGCUAUUUUAGCAGUGAUAUGGCAAUGCCAGUUGGCCCCCCAUUUUGGUUUCAUAGUAAUUGAGAAUUUCCCUACACAAAGUAAAAUAUCUUUGCUCCACCUGACUUAACAUGUAGCACCGCCAUUUGGUGAAAAUGUUUAAUUUGUCCAAUAUUUUGGUAAAUGACCAAAUACCUGCAAAACUCACAGCGUUUCCAUCAGACUCAGCUGUGACUGUUUAGUUCUCUUUAGCAAAUGUUAGCAUGCUAACAAACUUAACUAGAUGGUGAGUGUUUUUAACAUGGUACCUUCUAAACGUCAUCUUAACAUCAUUGUGAACAUCGUUAUGUCUGUAGUCACGUUGACUUUCAGUCCAAACUUGCAUAGUCAGAAAUGUUAGUUUGUCCCGCCCACUGAAAUUUAAGCGAUGAAAUGAUUUCUGCCUCGAAAGCAGCUUUGCCUCUAAAAAUCUGUGUACAACUAAUCAAACUUCAUGCUACUGUGGUUUAUUUUAAGAUUACACUUCAUGGUUAUGAUGUACUGGCCUGCAAGAGUCACUCUUGCUUCGGCAAUUAGCCGAAGGUCUCUGUCAUGCUGACAGACAACUCAAAAGUAUGUUGUUUUUUUGUUUGUUUGUUUGUUUGUUGGGUCUUUCUGUGGGUGAGUCUGUGAUUUUUGAAUGACAAGACAGUCUCUUCCUGCUUUAUAAACUGGUGAUACACAAACCAGUCUCAGAAGGAUGCUAGGUUCUUCAGCCAGGAUAAAGUCUCACCUGGUUGCUGUAAACUGAUAAAUAGUGCUGAAUCAAACCUUUUUUAUUUCACAAAAAUGAGCAGGUGAUCCAGAACCUUUACCAUCCAAAGUUAUAUGGACUUUUACAGACUGGACCUCUAGCGUUGUGAAAACAGCUUCAAUUUGAAAGGUGCUCUCUAUAACAUAGAUGCUGUCUCAUAUAAACUUGUAAAUAAGAACAAAACUGGCUGUAACUGGCAACAUGGAUUUUCUGAAUCCCUGUUUUUUGAUUUGAGGUGGCGCAGAAAUCUGAACAGCACAUACUGUAACAAUUUAUUCCCAAAAGAAGAACAUGAAAAUGCAAACUGACUGCAAAAUGAAACACUGCAAAAUAUCUUUAACUUUUUUUCUUGCGUUGAUACAAUUUUUCAUGUCCUGUCAUCUUUUAGCGUGGUAAAUUAUGUUCCAGUGUGCUGGCAUAUUGUAAAAUCCCAAAGAUUUUACAAGAAACCCUCUCUGAAAAAGUAUAAGCCAUGGAAACCCUAACCCUAACCUGAAUGUCAAACUGUCUGCAAAAAAUUGAAGGUAAUCAAGAGAGGAACUCAUGUACAGUAACUUCUAAAGUUUUAGCUUAAAAUGAAGUAUUUCUCUUGAUUUUGACUGACUAGUAUACAGAAAGUAUAUUGGAGAUUUUUCUUGAUUCAUAGAUGAAUAUUUUAUCAGUUGCAAAAAAUACUGUAAUAAAUGUAAGUACCUUAAGAUGCUAAACACGAAACAUAAUGCCUUAGAUCUGUGAUUCUCUGGUGUGUAACUGUAAGGUUCACAGGUGUGUUAUAUGUGUCACAUACUGCUGAGUGACUGUUUUACCCAUAGUCUAUGGUUUUACUACUUCAAACUUUAGGUGUAAUAGUUAAGACAACCAGAGUUUUUUUAUUUUCUCCCAAUGAAACAACACAAAACCUGUUUUAAUCUGUGAAUCAGCCCAUGGAAAUUACAAAAAUACUGUGUUGGCAGUAACAUUAAUGAAUUUUUUUCGUUUGGAGUUGAACUUAAUUGUUGCACCUAGUAAGUGCACAAUGCAUCAGGGAGAUUUGCCCUUUCUUACACUGUAUUUUUUUUAAAGGGGCAUUAAGUAACCUUUGACCUUUGCUGAUCUCUGUUGGUAACCAGUAGGGACUGCAGCAACAUCAGCGUCUCUUUGAUGACCUGUAAAUGACAUUAAUAACAUGCAAGUAGUGAUCUAACACUAAAGCAGGACUGUACUAACGAUAGAAUUUAGCACCUAUUUCUGACAUUAAAUGCUUAUAAAUUUUAGCAUCUCUGGGAUAGCUGAGGAGAUUUCAAAUCGAAUAUUUCAGUUACAGUACCAAACUACCUAAGAUUUUUUUUUUUUUUUUACAAAACUUUCAAAACUAUUUUCACUUAAGAGGAGAAGCUUAAAGUUCUCAAAUGGUUAAUAUUGUAUCUGUAAAAUGACUUUGCAUCAAUAAAACACUCAAAAAUAGUUAAUAUCUAAAUAAAAAAUAUGUCUUAAACAGAUGGAAUGCACCUGAAAAUAAAACCCAACAGCAUUAUAGUAAAUCGUAAUAAUUGCGCAAAAAAAGGAAAAAAGAUGUUUUUCGUUUUAUUCCUCAUUUACCAACUGGAAUGGCAUCACUUGGCGGUUCAUGUUAUAUUAUUUCAUUGAGAUCUUUGUCAAUAUUGUUCACGUUUAACAUUUUUUAUUUUAGAAAAUCUUACUAAAAUGUUUAUUUUUUCCCCCCAGUUUAAGUCACUGGUUGUUGGAUCUUUUAAUGGGAUAAUAGCAUCUUUAAAAUAUUCUGAAUUUAUCUUCUUGUUUGUAGAAAAAAAGGAAUACUCCUUGAACAAAAAAGGUGCCGUUAUUUACAUGUCCCCAGGUGUAUUUUAAACUUCUACCACCAGAUGGCGCCAAACUCUGAAAUGCUCUAAUCCAACACAUUUUGGUGGCAGAAAAAAAUCACAGUGGGGAUACUUGUCUGCAUUAAACAACAGUGAAAACAGAAAAAUGAAAUUACUUUUCCUAAAAUGUUGUAUCAAAACUGUGUCAGGGCCAUGGGGAGGUUUAAAGCUGAGUUGCAGCAGAAACAUCUAGUGCCGAGCAGGUGAGCUGCCAUGCAUUUUGGCAGCUUGCCCGAGACACUUAAUAGCCUGUGAUAGCUGAAAUGUUUCAUUAUACAAUGGUGGGCAGAGGCUCAUUGUUUUAUGUGACUACUGAAGGUCAGAAGGUUUGGCUUAGAAAUGACAGAAAUCUCAGAAACUUGUGAAAUAAUCAUUAAGUAAAACUACUGUUACACAGCAAGGUAUAGUUUUUUUCUCUGUGCUUUGAUGUAGAAAACAUACUUAAUGCCCCUUUUUAGAAUAUUUUGUUAAUGUUCCUCCUCUUCAUGAUCAGCUGUCAGUUAAUAUCUUUAAUAAAUUUAAAGUGUGUCACAGUACAAUGGUAAAUCAGAGCAAUAUGUUGGAGAGGAUGCAGGUGUUCAAAAGUCCCUGUUUGCAGUUCAAGAGAUUUUUUUAAUUCAUAUUAUUGUUCUCUUUGCCCUGAUGUUCAUUUUAAAUAUCUCAGCAAUGACACAGCCCUGUACAUUAUCCAGAGGGUUUUAUUAUGCAAAAGUACAGAUGUUCAACCACUUUAUGCAAGCUGUCGACUCUAAUGUUGCUUUUGCCAAUGCUGCUCGUUAAUUUAUGAUUCAUGCCACUGUAAAUAAAUUAUUUUUAUUGA